AUGCCGGUGCCGGACCGUGCCGCCGCCGCCGCAGGCGGCGGCGGCGGCGGGCACCACCGCGGCCACGCGCACCUCGCCAACUGCAUCCACCUGCGCCACCACCACGCGCACGCCUCAGCCGGGCCGGCCUCCUCGUCGGGCCGGAGGCGGAGCCCCACGUCCGCCGCGCUCAUGCGCGACCUCCUCGCCCUCCAGCGCUCGCGCUCGCUCCGGGACCCCUCCACGCGCCGCUCCGUCGAGUCCGCCAAGGUGGCCGCCGACCCCGACCCCUACACCGACGACGACGAAGACGCCACCGGCUCCGUCUCCCUCACCGCCAAGUCCCGCCGCAGCGCGACCGCGCUCAAGACGCUCCUCGACCAGCUCUCCGAGAACCCGCACCCCAAGCCGGCCAGACGCCCCCGCCGCCGCUUCAAGCGCGGGACCGGCCGCCGCGCCGGCCCCAACGCCACCACCGGCACCAGCAAGGGCCCGGAUCGCGCCGCCGCGGCGCUCUCCGCGAACUCCAGCUCGCAGGAGGCCGUGUGCGACGGCAGGUACCUCUUCCGCGACGGCGCCGGCGGCGGGGACCACGCGCCGCAGGGGCAGGAGGACUCGCGGAACGUCUGCGGCAUCCCGUGGAACUGGUCGCGCCUCCACCACCGCGGCAAGUCCAUCCUCGACCUGGCCGGACGGAGCCUCUCCUGCGGCCUCGCCGACCCCAACAACAAGGCUUCUUCCGCCGCGGCGCCGGCGGGGCGCGAAUCUGAGGCGGCGCACCUCGGCGGCUCGCACUCACUCUUCCCGGUCAAGUCCGAGCGCCUGGCGUCCUCGACCAGCUCCGACUCCGACGCCCUGCCUCUGCUCGUCGAGGCGGGCGCACACACCGGCAUUGGCGCCGGGAGCUACUCGGGCGAGCUCGGGAUAUUCUCCAACCGGACCAGCUCCAUAGACUCCUCCGACCUCCUGUCCUCGGCCCGCUCUGCCCAGAACUCCCACUCGCACUCCCACCCAACCCGCGGCGGCCGGCACCAGUCCCUCACGCAGAAGUUCGCCCCGAGAACAUUCAAGGACGUGGUGGGGCAGAGCCUGGUGGUGCAGGCGCUGUCCAACGCGGUGCUCCGCCGAAAAAUCGGGCUGGUGUACGUCUUCUACGGGCCGCACGGGACCGGCAAGACCUCUUGCGCGCGGGUCUUCGCCAAGGCGCUCAACUGCCGCUCGGCCGGCCACCCGCGGCCCUGCGACGCCUGCGGCUCCUGCGUCGCGCACAACGUCGGCAAGAGCCGGAGCGUCGUGGAGAUCGGGCCCGUGGGCGGCGUCGACAUGGACGGGAUCGCCGACGUGCUCGACAGCGUCACGCUCUCGCCCGCGCCCGCGCACUACAGGGUGUUCAUAUUCGACGACUGCGACACGCUGCCGGCCGACACCUGGAGCGUCAUCUCCAAGGUGAUCGACCGGGCGCCCCGCCGCGUGGUGUUCGUCCUUGUCGGGCCCGACCUCGACCUUCCUCACAUGGUCCUCUCGAGAUGUCAGAAGUUCUUCUUCCCCAAGCUCAAGGAGUGCGACAUCGUCAACACCUUGCAGUGGAUUUCCACCAGUGAAAGCCUGGAUGUUGACAGGGAUGCGAUGAGGUUGAUCGCAUCCCGUUCGGAUGGAUCCUUGAGAGAUGCGGAGAUGACUCUUGAUCAGCUCAGUUUGCUGGGGCAGAGGAUCUCUCUGUCUCUUGUCCAAGAACUAGUUGGUUUGGUAUCUGAUGACAAGCUGGUUGAUCUGCUUGAUUUGGCACUAUCUGCUGAUACUGUGAACACAGUGAAGACAUUACGGGACAUUACAGAAACCGGGGUUGAGCCUUUGGCACUGAUGUCUCAGCUUGCCACAAUAAUUACCGACAUCCUGGCUGGUUCCUACACAUUCGCAAGAGAAAGACUACGAAGAAAGUUCUUCAAACGUCCAACCUUGUCAAAAAACGAUAUGGAAAAACUACGCCAGGCCUUGAAAACACUGUCGGAAGCUGAAAAACAGUUGAGGGUUUCUAAUGACAAGGCAACAUGGCUUACAGCUGCUCUGCUUCAGCUUGCUCCAGACAAGCAGUAUAUGCUGCCAAGUUCAUCAACAAGCUCAAGUUUCAACCGCGGUGUAUUGCCUGGUUCCUUUCCUGAUAAGGAUGUAGCAUGGCACUCGGCUAUUGAGCAUAAUGGUAAUAUAGCAAGCACUUCUUAUGGGGAAAUGAGAAGCAUUGAACAUACAUCAAAUCGCAAUGGUUUGUUAGCCAGUGUUGGCAAAGCAAAUGAGCGAUCUAAACAUAACAAAACUGAAAAUGAGAUGAUCUGGCAAGCUGCACUUGAGAAUAUUCAGUCAGAUACACUGAGAAAAAUGAUGGCCAAAGAAGGAAAGCUAAGAUCCGUCAGCCUAGGCACUGCACCCACAGUGCAACUGAUAUUCAGUUCACGCGUAAAUAAGUCCAAAGCUGAAAGCUUCAGGGGACUAAUUCUGCAGGCAUUUGAGUCUGUUCUUCAUUCUGCUAUAAUACUUGAAAUCCGAUAUGAAUCAAAAAAUGAUGCGAGAGCAGGUCAUGAUCCAUCUUCUUACGUGGAGAAUGACUCCUCCAACAUGGCACUAAGGAGGUCCUUCUCCAAACAUAGUCCACUUUCUUCUGGAGAAGGCGAGAUCAUUGAAGUCGGUCCUUCUCACAUGCAUCGUCAUGCUGAAGCAGAUAAGGGUGUUCUUGAUAUAAAUGAAAGAAAGAAGGAUAAUAUAUGGGAAGAUGCUUUGUCGUCACCAAACCAAGAGGGUGUGAUUAGUCAAGGAGGAAGAAAUGGAAAUAAACAGCGUCGACAAAACAGCAUAGUAAAAGGAAAGGUAUCGCUUGCUCAUGUUAUCAGUAAGGCAGAGGCUUGUUCUCAAGGAGGAGGCUGGUCUAGACGAAAAGCUUUGUCAAUUGCAGAAAAGCUGGAACAGGAGAAUUUGAGAUUAGAGCCUAGAUCAAGGAGUAUACUUUGUUGGAGAACUUCCAAGACUAGACGGAAGCUCUCAUCGUUUAAGGUCAGGACUGGAAGGUCACAAGCUGUAUCACGGCUUAUUUUGUGUGGAAGAUGCAUUUCCACAAAAUCACCAAGAUAAACCUAGAAUCCUGAAGUCGUAGUUUUACAAGGAUUUAAUUUAGCAUCCAAAGUUUAUAUUCACGAUGUACCUUGUAGGCUGUAGCUGUCAAUUUUUAGGUUCUCUAAUCUGUAUAUUCUUUGGCAUGUAAAAGAACGAUAGAAAUGACAUAGCAAUUUUUUUUUGUUAAAUAUGCUUGUAAUUCUUUUUGAAGGCCAACAAAGUAUGUACUGGAGGCCUCGAUUAAUAAAUAGAAUAUUGGUCAGUUUUUAGGUUCUCUA